AGAUCAUCCGUCGUUGCUUAGCACAGGAUGGAAUCUCAAGUGAAGCAUGUCGUGGUAGUGAAAGUAAUGGGUCGGACCAGAUCGAGAGGACAUGUGACUCAGAUGAGAGUCAAGUUUCAGGACGAUCAAAACCGGUUCGUCAUGAGGAAUGUCAAGGGACCUGUGAGGGAAGGUGAUAUCCUUACCUUACUCGAGUCUAAAAGAGAAGCAAGAAGAUUGCGUUAA